GCCGUGAAUUGGCGCGUUGCAUGACGGGAUACAGCCAAAUUUUCCCGAGUCAUUUCCAACAUGGCGGCCGGCACUGUGAUAAUGCCUUUUCCAACGCAAAGAACUUCGAUGAAAAAGGAGGGACUAUCAACAAAGAAACAAGAAGUUAAACAUGAUGUGAUGGAAGUGGAAGUUGAAAAGCAACAUGAAGGGAUUCAGCAAUAUUACAUAACAAAGAUUGAAGAGCUACAGCUUGUUGUGACAGAAAAGAUAAAGAAUUUACGCAGGCUCGAAGCACAAAGGAAUGAACUCAAUGCCAAAGUGAGAAUGUUACGGGAAGAAUUACAACUCCUGCAGGAACAGGGGUCUUAUGUUGGCGAGGUGGUCAAACCAAUGGACAAGAAGAAAGUCCUUGUGAAGGUUCACCCUGAAGGGAAAUUUGUAGUAGAUAUUGACAAAGGCAUUGAUAUGGCAGAGGUUACUCCAAACUGCAGAGUAGCAUUAAGAAAUGACAGCUAUACUCUCCACAAGAUAUUGCCUAACAAGGUGGAUCCUCUUGUCAGUUUGAUGAUGGUGGAAAAGGUACCUGACUCAACUUAUGAGAUGGUGGGAGGCCUGGAUAAACAAAUCAAAGAAAUCAAGGAGGUUAUUGAACUCCCUGUCAAACACCCUGAACUUUUUGAAGCACUUGGCAUAGACCAGCCCAAGGGAGUAUUGCUGUAUGGACCACCUGGUACUGGAAAGACUCUGCUAGCGCGAGCAGUGGCACAUCACACAGCGUGCACAUUUAUAAGAGUCUCUGGCUCAGAACUUGUGCAAAAGUUCAUUGGGGAAGGUGCCCGCAUGGUCAGAGAACUCUUUGUUAUGGCAAGGGAACAUGCACCAUCUAUCAUCUUCAUGGAUGAGAUUGAUUCUAUCGGAUCCUCUAGAUUGGAGGGUGGAUCUGGAGGAGAUAGCGAGGUCCAGAGGACCAUGUUGGAGCUGUUGAACCAGCUGGAUGGGUUUGAGGCAACCAAGAACAUCAAAGUGAUUAUGGCCACCAACAGGAUUGACAUUUUGGACUCUGCUCUACUUAGACCCGGCCGGAUUGACAGGAAAAUUGAAUUCCCUCCUCCAAAUGAAGAGGCACGCCAGGAUAUCCUCAAAAUCCACUCCAGAAAGAUGAACUUAACUAGGGGAAUCAACUUGAAAAAGAUUGCAGAACUGAUGCCUGGUGCAUCUGGAGCGGAGAUUAAGGGUGUCUGCACAGAGGCUGGUAUGUAUGCCCUCAGAGAACGAAGGGUGCACGUUACCCAAGAAGACUUCGAAAUGGCCGUCACAAAGGUGAUGCAGAAAGACUCUGAAAAGAACAUGUCUAUCAAAAAGCAGUGGAAGUGAUCCCGACUCCAGCGUUCCACCAUCCACUGUUCCACAUUUUUCUUAUCAUGUGCGCGAACGCGGAGCCACGUGAUACGUUUUCACAUGAGCGUGCGUGGCGCAUACCUCCACCUCAGCUAGACAUUGCAUCCGGAAACCCUUAUAAUCCGGGUGACGUCAUCAGGAGGAAUUGAUCGUCAUCUGGAGACUUCCAACACCAACCAGAACGGGCCGUAAUAAGGACAAUGUAUUAUUGCGCGUGCAGAUGGGCAUCUUUACUUCCGAAUUCUUACCAUAUUUAAAAAAUUCCAAAGACUUCAUGAAUGCAUACCGUAUGGUAGAGCUGGUUACGUUUUCCGAGUGAUGUGUGAUUUUUGUACUAUUUACAGUCUAUAGAUGAAUUAACUUAAAUAGGCGAUUUUUUUUGGUUUCCAUUAGAUAUCACACCCGAUGGCCAAUAACAUGUCCCUGCAGCUUUUAUAUUUAGUUUGUGUUCAGUAGUUUUAUCAAGACUAGGUAUAGUACUGACACACUGUAGAAUCCGCUCGACACGCCCCUCACAUCUACAACGCAUAAGAGACGCCCUUUCGGGCCGGUAAAAGGCUAGGUCUUGUACACGACAUUUAUUACAAUAAAAUGCGAGACUUCUGCUGCA